GUCGCUGCUGCGAUCGCUGCACCUGUGCUUAGUGGCGCGGACAGGGAGCCGACCGGCGGGGCGCCUUGUGUUUCAGCCGGCCCAGCCAUGGCACGCGGUACACACGGGGCCCGGGCUGGCUUCCUCGGCCUCCAGCAAGGAGCUCCUCAUGAAACUGCGGCGGAAGACAGGCUACUCCUUUGUAAACUGCAAGAAAGCUCUGGAGACCUGCGGCGGGGGACCUCAAGCAGGGCUUCCUGAAUUCCUCUGAGCUCUCUGGACUCCCCGCUGGGCCUGACCAAGAAGGCUGUCUGAAGGAUCAGUUGGCCUUAGCAAUUGGGAAGCUGGGGGAAAACAUGACCCUGAAGCGAGCUGCCUGGGUGAAGGUGCCGUCUGGCUUCUACGUUGGCUCCUACGUCCACGGAGCAGUGCACAGCCCCUCGCUGCACAGCCUGGUGCUGGGCAAGUACGGGGCCUUCGUCGUCUGUGAGACAUCUGAACAGAACACAAACCUGGAGGACCUUGGCCGCCGCCUCGGGCAGCACGUGGUGGGCAUGGCCCCUCUCUCUGUUGGCUCCCUGGACGACGAGCCCGGGGAAGAGGCAGAAACCAAGAUGCUGUCGCAGCCGUACCUGCUGGACCCCUCCAUCACGCUGGGGCAGUACUUGCAGCUGCAGGGCAUCUCUGUGGUGGACUUUGUGCGGUUUGAAUGCGGAGAAGACGAGGUGGCAGAGGCAGAGUAGGUUCCAGAGACCCUGGGCCCAGGAGGAGCUGUUACUGUGUAGGGCUGGACAUCACUGCGAGAGUUGUUUCCUAAGCCUCCUUAAACCCCAGAUUUGUUUUUCAUUUGAGUUUAUAAUGAAAGUAUCACUUUGUGAGUAAAAUUACUAAACAAAAACGCUGUA